CUAAUAGUUUAUAUCUGACAAGGUUGAUUAACUUAUGUAAACUUAACAAACCUAAGCUAGUCAAAUUUUGUAACUGAUUGUAUUUAGUUAUAUUACCUAUUAGUAACUUAACUUAAUUAAAUUUAUUAUGAGAAAAAUCCCUCUAAGUCUACAGUGGAUAUAAGUUGCCCUCAGAUGGAUCUGUUUGUUGUGCCAUAGCUCACUGCUAAUGUUUCCUGAUUUAAGUUGUUGAUUUUAAUCUUUUUUACACAGUUAAGUAAUUUUUAUAUGUGAAGAUGUUCUGGCUUUCCCGUUGUCUAUACUAACCGUGCUAUUAGCAACUAUUUAAAAACUGUGGAAAUUUUAAAGUGAUCUGCUUUAUUUUGAAAUAAUUUACAGGAAAAGCUAAUCAGUUAUUUCUUGUUUAGCUUUAUGUAAAUGCUGUAAUAACAACUUGCGUCCGCUAGAGGGCGGGAAAGUCCUUGUUCUUGAACAUAAACAUGAAUAAUUCAAUGUCUAACCCUGCACUUGACAGUUAUGUGUUCUUCAUCUCAUAUUCUCUAACUUUAACUUGUCUUAUUUACUUUUAGGAGCAUCAAUGUGUUUAUAAAGUUGUUAUUUCAGAGCUAGCACCGCGAUAAUGCGCUUUUUCACCCAGCACUCUGACCUCGGGCACGUAUGGAGCGGUUCCUCUUGUUUAAAUUGACGAUCUUCGUGAGGAACCGGAACAAGUCAACCAGCUGCUUCCGUCUCCCCCGCCCACAGUCAGCUGUUUCUGGGCUGUUUGCAAACAUAGCAGUCCUCUGUGGUCCCGCGGUGUCCUCCAGACCUGCACGAUGGGAGAAAACGACGACAGCGACAUCAUAGAGCACCAUGUUGAGGAGGAGAUGGAGAAGAAAGGUUCGUUGCUGGAGAGCGUGGGUCCGUCCGACAGAGAGGCCCACAGCAGCACCCAGUCCUCCCACAGACUGCUGGCCUACAGCGAUGCCCUCAUCUCCAUCAUCGCCACAGUCAUGAUCUUACCCGUCGCUCACACCAAGGUGGAAGACAAUGAGGAGUUGAGGGAGAGUGUUCAGCUUCUGUUGACCACAAAGAUAGCCGUUUACUUAAUGACCUUCCUGAUUGUGACGGUAGCGUGGGCAGCUCACAUCAGGUUAUUUCAAGUGAUCGUGCACAUCGAUGACUGCCUGGCACUGCUGAACCUUGCCUGCAUGAUGCUGAUAACAUUUCUGCCCUACACUUUCUCUUUAAUGGCCACCUUCCCUGAGAACAUCCUCGGGAUUUUACUGUUCUGUGGUUGUGUGAUGGUGAUCGGAGUCAUCCAGUCCGUGAUCGUGUUGUAUGCCUUCAGCCGUCCCUUUUUGCUGAAUGAACAAAUCCAGAUCUCAGAGAACCGGGCCUUCUAUAAACACCACAUCCUCAAGGUCAUCAUGAGGGUUCCCAUCAUGUGCUUCUUGGCCAGUGUCUUCUCCUUCAUCUUCUUCCAGCUGUCUUACGCCCUCCUGGCCAUCGUCGUCUUCCUGCCGUACAUCUCCCAGGGCAUCAAGUGGUGUCGUAGCAAAGCCAUCGGUCAGGUAGCAGAGUCUCCAGACUCGAUGCUAUUUUACACCUACCUUCCUAAUGAGCCCCUCAACAAAGAACGAGUGGAGGCCUUCAGUGAUGGCGUUUAUGCCAUCGUAGCAACCCUUCUCAUCCUGGACAUUUGUGAGGACAACGUUCCAGACCCGGCGGUCGUGCAGAAGCAGUUCGGUGGUAGCCUGAUAGCAGCUCUGCAGGUUUACGGCCCAGAGUAUCUGGCCUAUUUUGGCUCCUUUGCCACUGUGGGCCUCCUCUGGUUUGUUCAUCACUCACUCUUCCUCCACGUCACCAAGGCGACGCGCUUCAUGGGCUUGCUGAACACCUUCUCUUUGGCGUUUGUUGGAGGUUUGCCUUUAGCCUACCAGCUAACGCACGAGUUCCCGCGCGACUCUCAGAACGAACUGGAAGCCAUCCAGAUCAGCUGUGUGAUCAUUUUCUUCGCUGGGAUUUUUCAGCUCACCAUUUGGGUGGCGGCUCUCUACAACGAGCAGGAGACCUUGCACCCUUACGUUUGGUACAGUGGACGCGAGCAUGUGUUCAUGCUAGCCAAGCUAGCCCUGUACCCCUGUGUUGCUUUGGGGACGUUUUUCCUCACGUGUGUUUUGAGUAAAUUUAGUGCUCCCAUUUUCCACCUGAUGGAAAUUACAGUGCCUUUUGCUUUCCUUGUGCUGAGGCUUUUGGUGCGCAUCACGCUAGCAGUUGUACGGUUCAUUUUCUGUCCAAACCGGGCUGAUCUGAGAACUGUUGUGGAGGAGGAAGUGAGUGAAACAAGUGUGCCGUUUAAUGCUGUAGUUACCUAGAGCUCUGGGGCGUUAGUGAGGAAUAGUUCCAGCAGAGUUUAGAUUAAAGCUCUCAUCCGGAGCUUGGUGGGUUUAAAUGAGCAUAAAUCAGCUCAUGUGGGAUUGACUCCAAACACCUGUGAUGAAGGGAAAAGAUGUGAGCUGCAGAGGUUAAAAAAGCACUUGGUGACCCAUUAUUUCUUAACUGAUGCAAGUUUGUUUAGCUUAAACUGUCAUGACAUCAACAGGCUCUUAUAUGCUCAGCUGCGUCUUUCCUUUGAUGUGUGCACGGUACCGUUCGCCUGCCUGUUCUGUGUUACUGAUCUUCCAGUCACCUGGAGGGUUGCUUUAGCAUGGUCAGAGUCGCUUUAUUGUGAAUAAUCACAAAUAAAUAA